UCUCCUUCUCAGGCUGUGCUGUGCAGAUGUUUCUCUCCUUUGCCAUGGGAGCCACAGAGUGUGUGCUCCUGGGCAUGAUGGCGUUUGAUCGCUAUGUGGCCAUCUGCAACCCCCUGAGAUACCCUGUGGUCAUGAGCAAGGCUGCCUAUGUGCCCAUGGCUGCCAGUUCCUGGUUGGCUGGAGGAGUCAACUCCUUGGUACAGAUCUCUCUCGCAGUACAGUUGCCUUUCUGUGGGGACAAUGUCAUCAACCAUUUCACCUGUGAGAUCCUGGCAGUUCUAAAGCUGGCCUGUGCUGACAUCUCCAUCAAUGUCAUCAGCAUGGGGGUGGCCAAUGUGAUCUUCCUGGGGGUCCCAGUUCUGUUCAUCUUUGUCUCCUACAUCUUUAUACUCUCCACCAUCCUGAGGAUCCCCUCGGCUGAGGGGAGGAAGAAGGCCUUCUCUACCUGCUCUGCGCAUCUCACUGUG